UAAGCCCGGAACACGUUUUGUCAUGUUUACGAUGGCGGAGUAUGUUUUUAUUCUCAGAGACCAAAAAAUGAAUACUAACAACAACUACGACAAUAAUAAUAUGUUAUAAACUUUAAAUAUUGAUUUAAUUCUAAAAGAAGAAAAAAACCCAAAACCAUCCAUUCAAAUAUGGAACCAAAUGGUGACUGUUCAGGUCACAAUCGAAGGCAUCCAGAUGCCAGUGGUGACGGGAUGGGCAUUGGAAUUAGUCCCAGAUAUUACCAAAUACCAAAAGAGGGAGACUUUAUGAACAUGAAAUUGAAAGACUGUAUGUCGAAGGAUCAGAAAUUACACCCACAAAGGUCUGAUAUUCUUUCUGAGUUCCAGCGUCACACAGCCAAUAUCCAAUCUCUUAUGAAUGAAAAGAUAUUUGACAUUGUGGAAGCCUAUGAGAGACGGAUAAAGUUGUUGGAGAAGGAUCUAGAAUACUAUCAGAAGAAGCACCAAAGUAUUGAAGAAGAGGAAGGAUUUCUGAGCCAUAAGUCUGUUCUACACAGGAAUCAGGAGAAGACCCUGAAAGACUAUGUCAAGAAGGUCAACCUGCUGGAAGCCAAACUGAAAAUGUUAGAGUUGGAAAAACAGUCAAGAGUGAGUACCAAGGACUCGAGGAUGUCACCUAACGCAUCUUGUCAUAAAUUUGUUGAUAAUGAGAGCUGUAAGGAGACACAGCAAUCACACAACGACAGGUUAAAUUUACAGGAACUUUACCAAGCGUUAGAUGUGGAGAACUCCAACCAGCUUCUCCCAGCUAUUCAAAAAAUGAAACACAAUUUGAAGAGUAUGGCCAAAUAUAGACAGUAUUGCUUUAAACUCUGCAGCUUGGUUCAACAGACACAAAAUGGGAAGACUGAAGAACAAUAUGAUAUGACAUCACGGCCUGUUCUUUCCGAUGACACUCUAAAAUACAUCCUUGAAAUGUUGGCCUUAGCCAACGAUGACUUUCAGAAUCGUCAGGAUCUAGUUACCUGUUUCAAUGAAAUACUUACCUCCAUUGUGCCUUGGACCAACAUACAGCUUCAUCCCUCCGACUCUUUUCAAGAAAUGGUUACAAAGUUACAAAUGGUCAAUCAGUCAUCUAAUCACAUUAUUACCAAGGAUGAGCAGGAUUCGUCUAGUGCUGCUUUAGAAAAUCUCGUCCAACAUUUCCAGAUAUUAUUUGAAGUUCCUACCUUAUCCGGCAUCUACCCAGCCAUGAAUCAGGUCUAUACAAAGGUCGGGGAAUUGCAGAACAUCAUGAAAAUUCUGAAGACUUUGUUAGGACUGGAUCCAUCUUCAAAACCUUCAACUGUAGUAGAUGCCGUCAAUGAAAUCUGCCAGAUGCAUAAUGCCACAACUUCAACACAACUGAAACAUCUCCUUCAGACUGAAGAUUUGGAAAGUAUUAUCAAAAGAUUGGAAGAGUAUGACUCUUUCUUCCCAGCAUUCCAUGCAGUGAUGUCAGAACUACUUGAACUAUUAAAUGUCCAAAGUCUAAGUGAUGUGGUACCAGCAGUGAAGACCCUCUCCCUACUUGCUCAGUGAUAACCAGUGGCGAAUGUUCUGGAUAUCUUGGAUACAGGAAGAAAGAAGGAUGAGCUACACUAGUUACUGCUGUCAUCAUUGCUACUGCUGCUAUAAGGGCACUGAGCUGGCAAAAUAGUUAGAGCAUUGGACAGAAUACCUAAUGGUAUUUCUGACAUUGUAAGGUGGCGAACUGGUAAAAUUGUUAGCACGACGGGCGAAAUGCAUAGCCGUAUUUCGUCUGCUGUUAUGUUCUGAGUUCGAAUUCCGCCGAGGUCGACUUUGCCUUUCAUCCUUUCGG